UAGUCAUUCAGUGCGGAAUGACAAGAUGGCUGCCUCCAUACACAUGUGAAUAAAACAUUUUUCAAACGUCAAAUUUCUAAAGUUCAUUGAUUUACCACCAUGGGGGAAUUUAGAGUUCAUCACAUUAGAUUUUUCGAGUGGACACCCCAGCCAGUGCAGUGUUUGGCUUACAACAAAUCGCAACAGAAACUUGCAUUGUCAAGGUCAAAUGGCGGCAUUGAGAUAUGGGAUCUUACAGAUGACUGGUACCUUGAAGAUGUAGUCCCUGGCAAGGAGGGCAGGUCUGUGGAGGGACUGGUGUGGCAGGGAAACCGAUUAUUUACUGCUGGUCUCCAUGGAAACGUGACUGAGAUUGACCUGGUUGCUCUACAAACUAAGUUGAGUUGUUCGUCAAAUGCGGGUCCGAUUUGGUGUCUUACAUCAAACCCAUCAGGCUCUCGUCUUGCUGCCGGGACAGAGGAAGGCUGUGUCGUCUUGUUCAACACUGAGGAUGGGGCUUUAGAAUACCUCUCUAGGUUUGACUCCCAGGAGAGUCGAAUCCUGUGUCUGUGUUGGCAUCCGACUGAGGACCUGAUAGUGACAGGUGGAAUCGACAACAUCCGUCUGUGGAGCGUGUCGUCUGGACGGGCCGUACAGAGAAUGACACUGGCUAGACAGGACAAAAACAAGGAGACAGUCGUCUGGUGUGUCGCCUUCUUGAGUGACAUGACGAUUGUGAGUGGGGAUUCCCGGGGUAAAACCAGCUUCUGGAACGGCCGACACGGAACUGUCAUCAAGAGUAUUAGCAGCCACAAGUCAGAUGUAUAUUGCCUCGGGGUCGACCCCAGUGAGACCAUGGUAGUAUCGUCAGGUGUAGACUCCAAGGUCGUGCAAUUCAGUUAUGUUGCGGAGCGAGAAAACAGCGAUUGGCGCGACUGGGUGCCAACAUUCUUACACAACCAGCAUACACACGACGUCCGUGCCAUCCAGGUUAUAGACAACCAAGUUGUGACUGGAGGUGUGGAUACAAACCUGAUAUUGUACAGCAUAAAACGGCACAUAACACAGAAACCAAAGAUGAAGGAGAGAAAUCAGUGGCGACGUAUACCAUCUCUUCCUCAGAAGCCGCUGGUUCACGUUGCAGGGAAGGAGAAUGUCGUAAUGUUACAGUACCCGAAUUAUCUUGAAGUGUGGAGGCUUGGAUAUACUGACAAAAGUGGAGUGAAUGGUGAUAUAUUAUCCCUGACAUCCAACCCUAUAAAGCUGAUUCAACUGAAGACGAAAGGAGGAUCACCUGUUUACUGUAGCGCGCUCGCUCCGACGGCAAAAGUGCUCGCGUACUCAGAUGGCGAAACUGUGCGCACCUACACGAUUACCAUGGAAAAUCUGAAGAGUAUUCAACCGGAGGUGAGCAUGUGCCGUAUCCAGGGCGACACAAACCGGGGAGCAGAUGGCGCUCACUGUAUGUGCUUCCUGUCAGACGGGGAGAGGCUUGUUACCGUGACAACAUCGUCUAGACUGCAGCUCCUGGGUCUAGAGUCUGGCAAAGUUACUGUGGAACAUACGUUUCCGGCAUUGUCUGAGAGUUACCAUCUGUUGUGUGCGAGUUCCGAUGAUAGGUACGCAGCAGCUGCGGACCACGCGUGCAACGUGCACAUCUACAGUCUCACCAGUAAACAGCACGUAUGUAGCGUUCCACACAUGACUAGUCAGGUGACUGCUCUUGCCUUCCACCCUGACGGCACGCAGCUCGUUAUGGCAUAUGCCAACCAGAAGAUCGUCGAGUUUGAUGUAGAUGAGGAGCAGUAUAGCGAUUGGACACGGGCAAACAUGCAGAAAUUCAUGCGGUCUUGGCUUACACGACGUUCCAAAAUCACCAACAUCGCCUACAACCCAUCCAAUACAUCACAAAUCGUCUUCAAUGACGAACAGUUGUUCUGUAUACUCGACAAGACACAGAAAUUCCCAGACUCUGGUAUCUCAUGGCAGCGACUGUGUUCACCAAACCCUGACCACCCCUCCGCAUUUCACCUGUGUAAAAACUACAAGUUUCUGCUACAGUUGACCCCGUUGCCAGACAACUGGCUGGUUGCCGUGGAGAGGCCCCCACUGGACAUGUACAGCUCCCUGCCAGAGGCACUCAAGCGGAAAAAGUUCGGCACAUGAUGGGGGACCUUCGUUGUAUUGGAAAUAUAUAUAUAUGGACCAGUAUGAUAUGCCUCUGAAUUAAAGGCAUUUAAGUAAAGAUUCGCAUCAGAUUCAAAGUGGAAGUGGUUAAUUUACAUCAAAAAAUAUACUGGUAAUAUAAAAAUAAAAAAACUGAUGAAUUGGUUGGGAAAAAAAAUGUUGGUGAAAUGAUGAUGGUCUUCAAAGAAAAUCAAGAACGGUUGCAUCAGUUUAAUCUAGCUUAUCUAUUCUGAUUUUUAAGAAAAAAGUUGAGAUUUUGUCAUAGCCUCGCUGUUAACAUUGGCCUGCCAAAACUUAAACUGAACAUGGGCAUCAAGUUUCUUGAGAAUAUAAUCAUUAUACUUAGGUAACGCUUUUUUGGGGGGAAAAGCUUAUAAUUAAUAACCACUAUCUCAAAAUCUGUUCAAAAAUAUUCUCAUGAAACUUUAUGCACAUGUUACCAAUGAGAUUAUAUACAUGAUUAGCAGAGUCCAUAAAUCCAACAUAAACUUUUGUUUCACAAGCCAUCUGUCUCUAGAUUGAUAGAAAAAACAACAACAGAGGAGUAAAUUGACAUUUAUACAGCGCUCUUAGUGAACGUUAGCAAAAGAAUAGUAAUAAAAAAAUGAAGUUUUAGAUGUGCAUGAAUAUCACUUCAAAAUUGGUUGUUCAUUAUAAAAAAAACACAGGAAAUUAUGUUUUAAACCUUGUUGUUUGUGACAUAGUUAUUUUGAAGUCUGAAAAUUAUAUAUUUGAUUAAAUCUAUAAA